GCGCCGGUCGGGGGCUGCGACGACACGACGAGGCCGCGAUGACGACGACGUCGUCGUCGGAGGAGGACAGCGAGCGCGCGCGGCGCUGAGGAGAGGAACUAGCCUCAGCAUGACGGCCAGGUGGUGCGUGUUCGCGUGCGCGGGCGCCCUGCUGGCGGGCGUCGCGACGCCCUCCGCCACCACGGCACCAGCGGAGGACCCGGAGUUCGUGGAGCAGAUAGAGAACAUAACGGUGCCGGCGGGCAGAAACGUGAAGCUCGCCUGCUCUGUCAAGAACCUCGGCUCCUACAAGGUGGCGUGGAUGCACUUCGAGCAGUCGGCCAUCUUGACGGUGCACAACCACGUGAUCACGCGCAACCCGCGCAUCAGCGUGUCGCACGACAAGCACCGCACGUGGUUCCUGCACAUCAGCAACGUGCAGGAGGAGGACAAGGGCCGCUACAUGUGCCAGAUCAACACCGUCACCGCCAAGACGCAGUUCGGCUACCUGCACGUCGUGGUGCCGCCCAACAUCGACGACUCGCUGAGCAGCUCUGACGUCAUCGUGCGCGAGGGCGCCAACGUGACCUUGACCUGCCACGCCACUGGCUCGCCGCCGCCCAGCGUCAAGUGGAAGCGGGACGACGGCACCAAGAUAACCGUCAACAAGACCUUGACAGUGCUGGAGUGGGAGGGCGAGGUGCUGGAGCUGAUACGCAUCAGUCGCCUCGACAUGGGCGCCUACCUGUGCAUCGCGUCCAACGGGGUCCCUCCCACCGUCAGCAAGAGGAUCAAGGUCAGCGUCGACUUCCCGCCCAUGCUGUGGAUCCCGCACCAGCUGGUGGGCGCGCCUCUGGGCUACAGCGUCACGCUCGAGUGCUUCACGGAGGCGCACCCCACGUCGCUCAACUACUGGACGCGCGAGGACGGCCACAUGAUCCACGACAGCCGCAAGUACCGCUCGGAGAACGCGGUCGGCUCGCCCUCCUACAAGACGCACAUGAAGCUGGGCAUCGCGAACAUCCGCGAGGCGGACUACGGCACGUACAAGUGCGUGGCCAAGAACCCGCGCGGCGAGACGGACGGCACCAUACGGCUCUACACUUCUGCACCGCCGUCCACGACCCCAGGACCCACCACGCCGGAGCCGCCGAGACGCAGCCCAGACCAGGCCUGGGACCACGGGGACUUCAACAACUCCGUCAGCGGCAACCCGGGGGGACUGCUGAAGGUACACUUGCAGGAGAAAGGUUCCAAGUACCAGUCCAACCUGAACGAGAUAGACAAGUCUGAGCAGAAGUCGUCUCCGGACUCCGCGGGGAAAGGUGGGCACUACGAGUGGCCGCAAGGAGACCCCGGAUCGGGCGCCGCGCGGAUGAGAGUCCUCGGCGUGUGGUCGACAGUGCUCCUGGCGUCGCUGCUGGCGAGGUAGAGCGCCCUCGGCCGUCCAGGCGGCGAGCACGCGAGAGCGCCGAGGGCGCCGAGUGCGCGAGGGAGCGGAGGGCCCACUGGACCCUGGCCGCCGAGGACACGUCGCGGGCGGCGGAGUGGUCGACGAGCUGGCGAGGU